AUGACAUCAGCUCAAAAAGCUUGGCUUCAGUCACCACCGACCAACUACAGGAUGCGUGAAGACUUGGGAAUGGUUGAGAGUGUGAACCUGGUCCCCCCACAGGCCUGUUUCGCUGUCAAGGGGUGGAACAGAAGCCUCGCUCUUCUCGGGGUGUGCUACUGUGCUUUCCAGACUCCAGCUCUCCUGGAGGCCAGGAGUUUCAGCACCAUCUACGCGAAUAGCGUUGAGCCGGAUAUCACACGUGUGGUCAACACCAAUCGUGGAGUGACCAUGUCAACGGUGGGUGUGCGGCGGAGGCCAAAUGCCUUCAACAUCGUAUGGCAACUUGAACUCUUGGUUCGGAGUGGAGUGAGUGAGCAGAACGCCAUCACUUCCUUGGAGGCCAUGACCUAUGAGACUGCUGCCCAAGUGGCCAGCGUGUACUCGCUGGGCAAGAUGGAGAGCGCCGCGGCUGUGGCACUCCUGCACAAAGUGCCGAAGCCAAUCAAGGAAGCAGUGACCAUCAUGGUGAGGUUUGACCUCCGACACGGAGACGGAGAUAUCGGCUUGAUGUUGGAAUCUUCAGUACCUCCACCGGACCUGCUGAAGAUCAGCAUCUUCAGCCAUCACCUACAGAAGUUCUCUAUGGAGGCUGAGAAGCAGAACCGGGAUCGAGCCGCCAAGACCUUUGGCAGCAAUGAAACACAGCUGUCGCAGCAGCUCUUGCAAACAACCAUGGAACAGCUGAAGCUUACCAUAGAAGGUGACUUGAUGAAACUUCGGCAAUGGAUGGGGCGCUGGGAUGUGUUCGCAUCUCAGCAGGGGAUGCUCGAUGUAAAGUACAUGGAGGACCGUUAUUUGAGGGGCAAGACUUUUUGCAAUGAAUUCUUGGAGAGCCGCCACAAGCUUUUAUGCCUUAACCAGCUGAAUCUGGGGCACGCGGCCAUAGUCUCCAUGCAGUCGGAGAUGGGGCCUGACACGGUCACCAUCAUCGUGAUGGAUUGCACCUUGUGGCCUUCGCGCCACCUGUUGAUCGACGAGGCCAUCUCUUUGAGCCAUGCGAUUUCUUCAGGGAACACCAACACAUUAUGCUUCGCGUGUCUCCCGCAAAUUCACUCUUCAACCACCAUGGCAACGGUGAUGAAGAACCGGCGACUUUUGGAGGACAAACUUCUGGCGUGCAUGGGCAGCAAGAGAGUAAGAUGUCGAAGGUUUGGAUUCCAAACGGCAGGCAUCGCUUCAAUGGCUGGAACAAGUCCCACAUGGCAGAGGAGUCGGUCAUUAUUGGGAUCCCUGAAUGGGAUCCCCAGAAGCCGGGUUCAAGACCUUCAGAACCCCGAUCCUGAUCACCCUCUUGCACCUCACUGGCGGGUCCAACAGCGCGGGAUCAAAGCGACCACCCAGAUCAUUGCUGGCCUCCUGGAGGGGGUCGUCACCACCCCCAAGCAGCCGGUAUUGAUCGUAGACCUUUUGCCAACGAGAUUUGCCGAGUGGGGCCGGGCCGCCUGGAACCUACAAAAGCGGCUGCUCAACGAUGAGGAUCUAUUGGAGAACCAUCCCGAGAUCAGGUUUGCAGCUUUGUAUCACGCAGACAACGCUGCUGACCACACCAACUGCAAGGAGGCAGUAACCGGUCUCAUCAUGAGCGAGCACUGGGAUUGUUCGGACCAAGCAGGUUCAAAGUCGAGGGGCCGCGCUGCAUUUGGGGAGCCCUUACCGAGCCUGGAAACUUUGGCUGUGGUGGAUGGAGAAGUGAAGACCCUCAACAAUCAAUUAGUUGUUCAUCAAUCAGUUUUUUACUGUUCAUGGAUGGCCCUAAAAGAUUUAAGAACAGUCCAGGGAUCAAAAACGCCCUCCAUCAGCGCCCAACUCAGGAUUCCGGAUAUGGUGCAGCAAAAGCUGACCGGACAACAGGAGUUCUUGAAGCGGUGCUUGGAUGACAUAGCUGCGGACACCAAGUUUACGACAUCCCUGAAGAGUUGGCAUGCAUCAUCAGCUACACCUACAGCUACAACCUCGUCGGCCCCUUCAGGCCCUCCCGCUGAGCGGCCUCCUCGAACUCUGGGUACGCCUGAGUGGGGCAGCGAUGGACCCUGGAACUUUCGUCGGGCAAUCAAUGGUUUGGAGUCGAUGCCGGCUGUUGACUUUGAGCCACUGAACCCGCCGCUUCGAAACAAAUAUGAAAAAGCUUUACUUUGUGGCAAGGUAGUUUUGUCAAUAUACCCUGUCAUCUGA